AUGCAUUCCACUGCUGGCAGAUGGGCCUUCGUUGCAUCAAUGGGCCGCUCACUCAGCAUGCGAUAAGUUUAUGUAUCGAUGCUGUGGACCCGUGUUGAUGGUAUGCGUUUGGAUGAACUUAGAUGGCAUCUUAGACCCAAGACUGUCGCAACAGGCGCUUACAAUUACGUCGACGCGAGUACCCAGUUGCUCUUAAACUGUUGCUGAUCUGGCUGCCGAGGCAUCAACCUCCCUCCGGCGUCUCUCGAAUCACAUCUCUCUUCCAUCCUUUAGCCACUAUGGAUGCGCAGACACGGCCUGUAACGGAUACUCUGGUCAUUGGUAUGGGAGCCAUCGGUGCAUUCUAUGCAUAUAUUCUUGAGAAGAGUGGCCGAACGAGGGUGACUGCUAUUGCUCGCGGAAACUACGAAGCAUUAAAAGAAUCGGGUUUCACAAUGAUAAACACCGACACUGGAGACGUGGCAAACUGGAGACCCCACCGCUUGAUGUCCUCGCUGGACCAAGCACUUGACCGCACAUAUGCGUUUGUCGUGCUUGCAACGAAGGCUAUUCCGGAGGUCACCACGACCAGAGAUGUAGUUGCACCGCUGCUAGGUCUUACGUAUGACGGUGCACACCCGCAACCGGCGUUUGUCUUCAUGCAAAACGGCAUCGAUGUCGAAGAAGACAUUUACGUGACUUUGAGCCAGAAGGUACCGUCGCAAAACCCGAGGCUUAUCUCAACUGCUCUUUGGGUGCAUAUGCAUAUGCGGGACAGCGUCACUGUCGAGUACAACAACUUCGGCCACAUUGAUAUCGGAGACUAUCUCCCUCCCACAGUGGAUCGCCAAGUUGGCGUCGUGGUGUCUCCAGUCGCCACCGAAUUUUCAGAAACCCUCAAAGCUGGCGGAACAAAGGUCGUCCUAACCGCCGACAUUGGACGUCUGAAGUACAUGAAGAACGCCUGGAACCUAUGCUUCAACAUGGUUCCCGCACUGACACGACUAUCUUGCGAUGCAAUUUUCGGCUCACCUGACACGCACAUCCCCCCCGCCGGUCUUUCCGCCAAAGAUAGUCCCCAGGAUGUUCCUCUUACCUCCGGAUCCCCUGGCUCGCCAGAGGGCGUCGUCGCGUCUCUGCCACGAGCAUCGCCGCUCAUUGGCGAUUACACGAUCCCAAUGAUGUUGAACCUCUUGUUUGAGGUCUACGACCUCGGUUCUUUGCUCUAUCCCCCUACAAGUGGCGGACCCAAUCUCGAUCAUGCAGCAGCAUUGUCGAUUUUGACGGUAACCGCCAAGGCGUAUGCCAGCGGCGCAAUGAAGCAUGUACCGAGCACGCUGGCAGACGUAAGAGCUGGACGUCCGAUUGAACUGGAAGUCAUCCUGGGCUCAGUGGUUAGGCUUGGACGGCAGCGGGGUAUGGCUCAGCCCGUAAGUGCCAUGCUUGAUAUGGUAUCAUGUGGGUAACCGAUUGAAUACCGUUUAUUACAGCGUCUUGAGGUUCUCUACGGGUCCCUUCUGCCUGUUCAGCAUCAACUGCUUCGUGACGCGAAUGCGCUGACUCCACACAGCAAGUACUGAUGAACAGCGGGCUGGAUGGCAUUCCUGUCACCUGUGCUCUGACUGCGGUGAUUGUCUGAUAAUGUGUGUACAAGUAGUCUCUAUGCUUUGGUGUAUUUCUUGAUUCGCGUGUAAUGUAUCGCAUGAGCUCCACAAUCACGAUCCGCACAUACAUG